AUGUCGUGGUUUCGCGACGACGACGAGCAGGUGACGUGGCUGCAGCGGCUGUGCGCGCGCGUGCUGCGUGCGGGUCCGAUCCCUCGCCACAUCGCCUUCAUCAUGGACGGAAACCGCCGCUUCGCCGUCCGCAACAAGAUGGAGAGACUCGAGGGUCACGUGUCUGGGUUCGAGAAGCUGGCUGAGGUGUUCUCGCCGUGUCGCCAUGGCAACCACAAACACCUCGAGGAGGCAAAGAAAACACAUGAGCAGCUGAAGCGUCGGCUGCAGGACGAGUGCGAUCUGGAACAUCUUCGGCAGGAAGUCGCGAGCAUCCGGUCUCGCUUCCCCGACCCGGAAUCGGAAUCCGGCCACCCGUUAACGGGUUCCGGAACGGAAGCCGGAGCCGGCGAUACCGACGUGGAAAUUGAAAAGAGAGCAGGAGACGAUGACUCAAACAUGGAUGCCGCGCGACAUGCCAGCGACUCAAACAUGGCCGACGCGACGCCGGCUGGAGAACUCGGAUCGUACCGGCGAGCGAGGGAUGAGCGGAUCGACAGAUUUCUGCAUUGGCUGGAAGACGACAGGUUGCAGCAGUUGCAGCGUCUGCAGCAGCAGCAUCAACAACAGCAGCAGCAGCAUCAUCAACAACAGCAGCAGCAGCAGGUUCCUCUAGAGCCCCAGCAGGAGGGGCUCUGCGCACGCAGCUGAUUGCAGCCAUUUUUGGACCAUUGCAUCUUUAAAUUGACUACGUCACGAAUUUUCUACGGUGAUAUUUGUAAAAAUUGUUGCACCAACGGGUUGCACCAAGUACUAUAACGGGACUAAAUGUAUCGUCAAAUUCUUACCUGAUAAGAUUGUUUCUCAACUAGUUAAAAAUCCAAA